AUGCAAGCAAAUUAAAUUUAUUUAAAAUUUUGUACAAAUUUUCACUAACUCAAUUUUUAAAUGUUUAUUUUUUAUGAUAAUUUUUAUGGGUUUGAAGUUGACGUAAACUAUCUAAUACAAAAACAAUUACAUAUUUCUUAAAUUAAAAUACAGAAGAGUUAUUUUUAGAAAAUCUUAAUCAGUCAGAAAUAGUUAAAAAGAUGUGCUAAUUUGAGGGAAUUAUAAAAUGGAAUAGCCAGCAACAUUUUUUCAACAAUUAAAAAUUCAAUAAAAAUAUGGAUUUAGAGAUAUCAAAAACCUUUUUGUAGUAAAAUUUGCCAUUAUUGGGCUUAUAUAAAUAAAGAUUACAAAUAAAAUAUACAUGCAACAAACAAUGAUUAUAUAUACAAAUAGGAAAGAAUUAUUCUUAUAAAAAUAUUUUAGCUAGCAUUCGUAGACUACCAAAUGCAUAUUUAUUUAGUAUAGAUAGAUAGGUAGGUAGACAGGUAUGAAAAUGAUUGGUUUGUUAACUCUUAGGUUCACUGA